UUUUGUCACUAUGGCGUCUUGUGAAGUCAGUGUGACCGAUUGGUUAAGGAAAGGGGAAAGAUUACAAGAAUAAAUCAUCCACAAACCCACUUUUGAUACAUGAGAUCAGGCAGGAGUCUCUGUGGACCAAAAUGUUUUUUAUUGGAAAAACAAAGAGACAAGGACAUGAUCAUUUGGACAAGUAUGAAGGAAACAGUAGGAGGACACAGACGGUUUCUGUAAAAGCCAAAUGGACAAAGUAACAAUAAGGAUCUGCUGUGAUGACACUUAAAGGCUGCUGUCUUAAAAAGAGGUAUUUAAAACUUAUAAUGAUUGGUUAGCUGUUGGCCAUUUCUGAGGUUUUUUCCUACCUGAAGUUUUUUCCUACCAGUAGUGGAAAUUUAGUGGAUUUCUAUAAAUACUUUAUACUAUAGACAUGAUUUGAUGUGUACAACAAUGUGCUACCACCCUGAACACAAAUAUCAGAUAUGGCUAUAAAAUUCCACUAUGAGUUGGAAGAAACUUCAUGUAGGAAAAAACUUCAGAUAAAGCUCUAUAUUUCCACUACGGGUACGAAAAAACUUUAGGUAGGAAAAAACUUCAGAACACGGAGGAGAGGAGAGAGAGUAAAGAAAAAUAAAGGCUGUUAACUGUCAUCUGUGUCAGCGUCUUGGAUCCGCGAUGUACUGAGGGAGCGAAAGGAUAACCGCGAUAUAGAGAGGGAACACUGUAUAUUUACAAACUACUACACGUUAUCGUUGUCAAAAUAAUCUUCCUCGGGGUGGCGCUGUAGCCUUUUCAUUUCAUCCUGUCCCUUUAACUGCUGACGUUUCAGCUUUGCUCCACGUUGGCCGCACAUGCGCAAAGGGCCCGGCCACCUGCUGGAGAUCAGAGGAGAACAAGGAAGUCUGACACUGGCGUCUAUUGGAUGUCAGGCUAAAACGAAAACAAGAUACAUUUUCACCGGAGUCCAGUGCUCUGGUCACUCACUCUCAGCUCUGUCGGCUUGACAGGAUGUUUAAAAAACUGAAGCAGAAGAUAAAUGAGGAGCAGUCACCUCAGAGGAAUGCGCAGUCACCGCUACAGGCCCAGGGGGGACCCACUGAUCGACGCAGCAGUCAAACUGCCCUGUUUCCACAGGAUGGUUCACCUUCCACUGACAGAGAGGUGCUGGCUGGGAUGAUAGCAGAGCCCGCUUUUCUCUCUGAGUAUACUAUCUUUGCUCUGGACCAUUCAAAACAACCCAAAACGGCCCAGGUAGCCAGUGUGGGUGCCUCUAGAGGACCAUCCAGGUCUCCCAGAGGCAGCAUCAAUGGUGAAGGAAGUCCUCUCCCACAUAAAGAGGAACCUCAUUCAUUUGCCCAGAAGCUGCAAUUAAAAGUUCCCUCAAUGGAGUCAUUGAUUCGUGUGGGAGCCAGUCGAGCAGAAAAUCUGUUUCGAUCUCCCUCUAAAGAGAACCUAGUCAGAAGCCCAUCACGUGACUCCUUGACCCCUGUGGGAGAAAAUGAUUCUCCUGCUACACCCACAUAUGAUCCAUCCUCGGAUAUAGAGAGUGAAGCUGAGGAGCCACCAGGAAGUGCCGACUCGCUUUCAAAAGAGCAGCUUUUGCACAGACUGAAUCAAGUAGAGAGAAGUCUGGGCAAGUAUAGAGGGAAGUACUCAGAGCUGGUUACUACAUAUAGAACAGUUCAAAGAGAUAAAGAAAAAACACAGGCCAUCCUCAGUCAGAGUCAAGACAAAGCUCUCCGCAGAAUAGGGGAGCUGCGAGAGGAACUUCAGAUGGACCAACAAGCCAAGAAACACCUGCAGGAAGAGUUUGAUGCUGCACUAGAGGAGAAGGACCAGAUGAUCACCGUCCUCCAAACACAAGUAGUUCUGUUGAAGAAGCGAGUCAAGGUGGGCCCUGGUGCUCUGCUACCUGAAGAGGAGACCUCUCAGUCAGAGAAUAAUGACAACUCUUCUUCUGCCACACAAAGUCCAUCUAAAGAUCAAGGAUUCGAGGCAGAGGUCACUGAGGGAGAGGGCAACAGUGAUCCAUCCAAACUUUUGGAGGCUCUACAGAAGAGAGUAAAGCGGCAGGAAAACCUUCUGCAGAAGUGCAAAGAGGUGAUGCGCACACACAAGGAGCGCAGCACGCAGCUGGGCAGUGAGAAUGAGACUCUGCAGGAGCAGCUGCAGGAAAGGCUGCAGGAGCUGGAGAAGAUGAAGGAACUGCACACAACAGAGAAGACAAAGUUAAUCACUCAGCUGGGUGAUGCCAAGAACCUCAUCGAACAGCUGGAGCAAGACAAGGGCAUGGUCAUUGCUGAGACAAAAAGGCAGAUGCAUGAGACACUGGAAAUGAAAGAGGAAGAAAUUGCACAGCUUCGCUCCAGACUCCAGCAGGCCACGGCUCAGAAAGAAGAAUUACAAGAACAGAAGGAGAAGGCUGAGAAGUCAGCAUUUGAAGAACUUGAACGGGCACUGGGUGUAGCUCAGAAGGCGGAGGAGGCUCGGAAGCAGCUGCAGGUUCAGCUGGAGGAGCAAAUCAAGAACAUUGAAAUGGCCAGCGAACAGGAGAGGAAGCUUCUGCAGCAAGAACUCACUCGAGUCAAACAGGAAGUGGUCACUAUCAUGAAGAAGUCAUCAGAAGAAACAUUGGCUUUAUUGGAAAAAGACCAUGCUGAAGCUCUGGCUGCUAAAGAAGCAGAGCUGAUUGACAGAGUCAGAAAGGCUGUGGAUCAAUGCAAAGAGGAGUUUGCACAGUCAGCUAAAGAAAGAGAGCAGCAGUUUGCUCUGGCUUUGGAGGAUGCAGAGUUACAGAAGACGGCUCUAAAGAUGGAAGCUGAUAACAAGGUCAAGGAAACACAACUGGAGCUGGAGACUGCGAGGACUAGGAUACUUGAACUGCAGAGCUCCUUAGAAAACAUCUCAGACGAUGGAUCGAGUGUCGCUCAAGAACUGUCCCGACAGCUGGAUGAGCUAAAAGUGAGGCAUGGAGAGCAAAUGUCUGCACUGGAAGGAAAGCAUCAGGAGCUGCUUGAAGAGCACAAGAAUACCCUAACUCAGCAGCAGGAGGCUGCCAUUGAGGAGCUUAAGGACAAACACAAUGCUGAAGUUGAGAAGCUCUUGAAAGACAAAGAGUUGCAGUUCCAAGUACAUGUUGAAGACAUGAACCAGAAAACAGUGGAGAAAAUGGAUGCCAAGCAGGCAGAACUAGAAGCUAUUUCCUCUGAGCUCUCUGAGGUGUUGGUGAGUAAACGGCUUCUGGAGGAAAAGCUGGUGGCAGCUGGAGAUGCUCAAAGUGUAGCUGAAAAAGACCAGGACGAGAGGUUUCAGGAUCAAGUGUCAAAGCACCACAAGGAGCUUGAAAACAUUAAACAAGAGCAUGAAGAGUCACUCAGGUGUUUAGAGAAAAGUCUGAAGGAUGAGCUUGAGGCUUUGAGGAUUGUUCUACGGGAAAAGGAAAAGGACAUUAAUGAGCACAUCUUUCAAGAAAAAACACUACAAGAGGAAUCACAUUCCAGAUUGCAAGAGCUAAAUGCCAAGGUUAAGGAGCUAGAGCAGCUCCAGCAGAGUGUGUCACAGUCGCAGUUGGAAAAUGAGAGUCUGAAGGAGACUAGUGCAGAGUCUAGUAAAUUAUCAGGGGAACUGGAUCAAUGUAAGAAACAGUUGGAAGAUUUGGCGCGUGAGUUGGACGUUGUACGUAGUGAUUGUCAACAAAAAGAGAAGAUGCUUCAAGAACUGGAAAAUCAGUUACUGGAGACCAAAAAGGAGCUCUCGGAGAAGGAGAAGGAGAGGGAAGAUGCACAAAAUAAUUCUCAACAAAAAGAGAAGUUGCUUGAGGAACUGGAUCAACAGUUACAAGAAACAAAGAAGGAGCUCUCGGAAAAAGAAAAAGCCUUUACUGAAGACCUCAACACUAAAGAGGAAGAACAAAAACGCCUUAAGAAACAGAUGGAUGAAGAAAAGGCUGCGCAUGACAAGAAGAAAAGAAUUAUAACAGAUUUGGAAAAUAAGCUUAAAUCACAGGACACUAAAAUGGAAAAGUUCAAGGUGAGGGCCAAAGAAAUGCAGGAAAGUUUCAAGAAAAAACUCCAGCAGAAUGAGGAGAACAUGAAGAAGGAACUUGCAAAGAAGGAUGCAGUGCUUCAACAAAAAGAGCAACACAUUCAAGAGAAAAUUCUUGAAAUGGCCCAAAAAAGCUCCCAAGGCCUCAGCACUGCAAUGUCAGAGCUGCAGGUCAACCAUAAGGAAGAAGUGGAAAAGCUACUUGACGCACACAAGCACGAGUAUGAGGAGAUGGAACGUCAACUGACAGACAAGUUCAGACAGCAGGAGGAAGAAAAUAUAGAGAAACACUCUGUUAUUUUACAAGAGAAGAUGCAGGAGCUGGAGGAUUUAUCUCAGCAACUCAGCAGAAGCAGAGAGGAAAAUGAACAAGUAACAUGUGAAGUGAAAGACCUAAAGGAGGAACUGGCAAUUCGUGAAACCACUGUGCAGAAGCUGCAGGAAGAGCUUAAUGAAGCAGCAGUUAAGCUGGAAAGUUUAUCUCAGGGUGAAGCGCUGCUGAAAGAGCAGAUGGAGUCAGUGGAGAGGAACCUAAACCAGGUUAUGAAUGAGAGAAAUUCCCUCCAAGACAAACUGAACUCGGUGGAAGAAGAGAGCAGAGAGAAGUUAAAUGUUCUUUCUGUGAAGUUGGAGGAAACAGAGAAGUAUUUGGGAGAACUGGAAGGUUCCAAAUUAAAGGAAAGUGAGGAGUUGCAGAAUAGAUUUGAGGAAACUUCUGUUCUACUACAAGCCAAGGAAGCAGAGCUGCAGCAGAAAUUAGUUAUGAUCAGCAGCCAAAUGGAGAGUUACUGUAAAGAGGUUCAGUCUAAAGUUGAAAGUGGAUCAAAUGAACUCUAUGACAGAGUUGAGCGUAGGCUCAGCGAGCUGGGGGAUAGACUGCUAUGUAGUCACAAAAAGGUAUGGCAUCUGAAAAACACUGUCCUCACUAAAGUAGAUAGAGUUAACACUUUAGAGGAGACUCUCCACCAUUAUAUGGAGGAGAAUAAGAAUCUAUGCAUUUCAUUAGAACAGAUGUCUGCUCAGGUAAAGGCUCAUACAGAGCAUAUAAAUGCCUUAACACUGGAGAAAGAGAAUCUUUCUCUGUCCAUUCAUGAAAAAAUCAAACAAAUUGAGGAGCUGAGUGAAGCAAAUAUGGUCAUAUCAGAUAAUACGAGAACAAACGAGGCCCACAUCAGUGGCUUGGAAAGCAUCAUCAUUGACUUAAAGAGUCAGCUCGAAAGCCACAUGAAGGAGAAGGAGGAAGCCAUAGAUCAGCUGAGACAGCAGUAUGAGGAGGAGCGGCUGCAAUCUGCUGCACGAAUGAAGGAGACCAUUGAGACGUUGGAGCAGGAGAGGAAGUCUGCUUUGGAGCAGGCAGACACACUCAGGAAUAGUUUUUCUGAGUAUGAAAACAAAGCUGAAGCAAAGUUCAUUCAGAACGACAACACCAUUGUGUCUCUGCAGACCAGGGUCGGUGAGCUGGAGCGUGAAAUGUGCGAAAAGAAUGAAGCUCUGCAGAGCAUAACUGCCACCAUUGACAAUCAGUCCAUCAGCAAGUCGGAGAUGGACCAGUUGUUGAGUGAGAAAGAGCAGAGAGUCGGAGAACUCACCUCAGAGCUGGAGACUUUGACCAGCCGCCUCGGCGACAUUCAGGAGCAGUUAGCCUUAAAAACAAAAGAGUGUGAGCAGCUCACGGCUGACCUCACACAGCAGCACAUCAUCAGGGAGAGAGAGCUGGUGGAGCAGCUGCAGCAAGUUCAGAUGCAGUGCACUCAGAAUGGUAACAUAGAGCAGGAGAUGGCAGAAAAAUUACAUGCACUAGAAGAAGACAACCAGAAAUGUAAAGUGGAGCUGGAAAGUCAGAGGGAAGAGUUUGAAAGGAUAAAAGAGGAGAUGAUUAAGAGCAAAGAGGACACUCUGAAGGCUUCUGAGGAGAAGUUGCUCGCAGAGAGUGCCCGAAAAGUCGCAGAGCUCAAGAAGAAAGCCGAGCAGAAAAUCGGUCAGAUUAAGAAACAGCUGACUUCACAGCUUGAGGAGAAAGAGCAGUCAAUCAAGGCCCUCAGAAUGACCUUGGAGGAAAUCAAGAGCAGCGAGACAUCUGGCAGACAGCAAAUAGAGUCGUUAGAGGAGAGAACAAGUAAACUGGAAGACCUCAUCAAACUUAAGGAGGAGCAGGAGUUGCAUCUUCAAGAAAUCCUGAGUAAUGAGAAACUGGAAAAUGAAAAGUCCUUAGAAGAAAUGAAAAGUGUGUACGAGGAGAAGCUGACUUCAUUUCAGAUUGAGGCAGUGCAGCCAGAGCAGCUCGGCGUAACUGAUUUAACAUUGCAGGAAAUUGAAGCGAAGCUAAGAGAAGCAGAAGAGCAAAAUAAAAGUCUCCUUUUAGAAAUAAAACAUUUAAAAGAUGAAAUGCAGGCCAAAGAUGAGCAGCUUAAUAAGCAUGUGGCCUCUAUUCAACAACUACAAGUUGAGGCUUCAGCCAAGGUUGAAUGUAGCAGCGUGCAGCAAACAAAGAGUGUGAUGAGAAAUGAUAUGGGAAACCACUCUCCUUCAGAGGAGGUGGAUGGAAAUCCUUUAGAGUCUCUCACAUACAAACUGAGUCAGGUGACAAAUGAGAAGGAUAAAAUCCACAAAGACUUCAACAGGUUGCAGAAAGACAUCAGAUUACUGAGGAAGGAGCACGAACAGGAAGUAGAAUAUAUGAAGAAGGAGUUGUUGGAGGAGAGCGAAAAAAGGCUGAAAAUUGAGCUAGAAGAUGUGGAGCUCAAGCACAAUUCUACUAUUAAGCAAUUAAUGAGGGAGUUCAACACACAGAUGGCCUUAAAAGAGUCAGAGCUGGAUACGGCAGUGAAGGAAGCCAUAGCAAAGGCUCAAAGUGUGGAGGCCGAGCUCAUCACUUGCCAUCGCGAAGAAGCUAGUCAGCUCAAGAAAGAGAUCACACAGAAGGAGGACGAUUUGCACAGAACAGUACAAAAAUAUGAAGAGAUCAUACAGAGUCGAGAAGAGGAAAUGGGAGACAAAGUGUGGCAGGUUCAGAAAGAACUGGAGGAACUGCAGGCCAAGAACCAGGGAUCCUCAGAGCUGAGUGUGGAAGACCUGCAGGCUCAGCUUGCUAAGAAGACCACCUUACUGAGCGAGGCUCGACUAAAGGAGCAAGGAUUUGUUGAGAAAAUUCACUCGCUCGAGGACAAGAUUAAGUGUUUCCACCGAAAAACAGUUGUAACUCAUCUGGGGAGCACAAUCAAAGACCCUGUUUUCAGCGAUGCCCUCACAGAACCCACAGAGAUGGAAUAUCUGAGGAAAGUAUUGUUCGAGUACAUGAUGGGACGAGAAACAAAAACAAUGGCCAAAGUAAUUACCUCCAUGCUCAAGUUUCCACCAGAACAAGCUCAAAAGGUUUUGGACAAGGAAGAUUCCAAACCUGUUCCUUGGUUACGAUGAGUAUCCUAGAACUUCUGAUACAAAUGGAGUAAAUUCUGCUGCUGCUGCUGAAGGGAAUGACUGUAUUGGAUCAGAUCCUCCUCUCUGUUUGGUCAUUUUAUUUGUGAGUAUGUGUGUAUGUGUGUGUGUGAAUAGGAGUGUAUGACUAUAUGUAAAGGUGUAAGGAAAAUAUAUGAGAAUAUACCAGAAACACAAAUCUUUCAUGAUUAAGAUUAAGUUUGUUAAUUUAUGUUUUUAGACUAAGUUAAAUGACUUUGGUUAUUGUUUGUUUUAGAACCCUUACUUCCGGUGUCCACCUGUUCACAUACAUAGGCUUGUGCAAUAAAUCAUGUUAUUAUCAUGUAAUGAUGCUGACGUUCGGCAGAUUUAUAGGUUUCUUUGUUGUCUGAAUUACUUCCUUUGAAAAUCUGUUAAUGACCCUUUAACUGUGCACCCAUGCUUCACGUCAAGACUCUGGACUCUUGUUUGUUCAACGCAGCUUUUUCUACGCUUUCUAUUUUGUCACUGACACGGACUCAGAAACUGCCCGGACGACUAAAACUGUAAAUUAUCAUGAUGUUGAACACUGUAUUAUAUGACACUAUCAGACUUGCUAUACAUUUUCAGACUAAUGGAUUAAAUCUUAUUUACAAAACACAC